AUGGAUGCGGUUGAAGUUGUUACUGAUCUCUUUUCUGCUCAUUCUUCAGGUGAUAUUGAUCGUGUUAUUAGUCUGAUUGAUGCUGGAGCGUCUCCUUUUACUACUAAUGAUGAAGGUAACACAUUGUUUCACUUGUGUUGUACCAAUAAUACUGACGGGCCAAGAAUAUUAGGGCGUCUUUUGACUGUAAUUCCCUCGUUCAGUGUAUCAUUGCUCUUUGUUAAUAAUAAUGAUGGUAAUAAGCCACUUCAUUUAGCUUGUAGUACUGGAAUAAUAGAAUGUGUUCAAUUAUUACUGUCACGUUCCCCAGCUACAGAUAAUAUAUUUGAAUUGACUAACAAUGCUGGUUUAUCUCCAUUGUAUUAUGCUAGUAAAGCUGAUCAUAUUGAUAUAGUGAAACUAGCUGUUUCAGGGUAUGGUCCAUUCAGUAUUGAUAAUAUCAUUAAAUGUAUAGACGAUGCUGCUAGUUGGCAAGUUAUUCGAUUAUUAUUAAUGAAAAUAACACUUAGAGAUAUGAUGGACACGUGUAAUAAACAUAAACACACUCAAUACCUCCUAAGACUCUUUCCAAUGGAUAAUGAAUACUUUCAGUUAAAUGAUGGAAGGACAACUGUACUUCAUUUAGCAGCUACAUCAGGUAAUCUAGAAUACUUCACUACUAUUGUUAGUUUAGGCUUUGAUAUAAACAGGUUAGAUAGUGAUGGGUACACUCCUCUACACAGAGCUAUUCUAUUGAAUAUGGUUGUGUAUCAAUAG